CAGGCAUGUCGGGCCGGGCCGGGCCGGCGCGGGAGCUAAGCCCUGACUUGCCUGCUCUCGGCAGCGCUAUAUAAGGCCAGGCUCGGCCCGGCUCGGCACAGACACCGCCGCCGGAGUCCAGCGUGUGGGCUGGAUGAGGCACCGAGGCAAAUGUGCAAUACCAAGAUGUCCUCCCUUUCGGAUGCCUCCUCUGUCACCGCUUCGGAGCAAGAGGCGCUGGUUAAACCAAAGCCACUAUUGUUGAAAUUGUUAAAGUUAGCUGGUGCUGAAAAGGACACUUUUACUAUGAAGGAGGUAAUAUUCUAUAUUGGACAAUAUAUUAUGUCUAAGCAAUUAUAUGAUGAAAAACAGCAGCAUAUUGUGCACUGUGCAAAUGAUCUCCUGGGGGAUUUAUUUGGAGUAACAAGCUUUUCAGUAAAAGAACACAGGAAACUAUAUUCAAUGAUUUCCAGAAAUCUGAUAGCAAUCAAUCAACAAGAGUCUACCCUUGGUGACACACCUGAGGAUGAUGCCACAUCUCAGCUUGAAGAAGAGGAUGUUAUAAAGGAGUCUAGGCAAGAGUUAGAAGAGAGGCAGACUUCAUCAAAUGUGACUUCCCAACCAACUACAUCUUCUAGGAGGAGGACACACAGUGAAUCUGAAAAAAAUUCUUCAGAUGAUCUGCAUAGCGAGAGAAGAAAGCGACACAAGUCAGAGAACAUUUCGGUGACGUUUGAUGAAAGUCUCUCAUGGUGUGUAGUCAGUGGUCUGUGCCGUGAAAGAAGCAAUAGCAGUGAUUCAACAGAUUCUCUUUCCAUUCCUGAUCUUGAUGCUAGUUCAUUAAGUGAAAACUCGGAUUGGUUUGACCACGGUUCUGUAUCAGACCAGUUCAGUGUUGAGUUUGAAGUUGAGUCUAUUUAUUCUGAAGAUUAUAGCCAUAAUGAAGAAGGGCAGGAGCUCACUGAUGAAGAUGAUGAGGUUUAUCAGCUGACGAUUUACCAGGACGAAGAUAGUGAUGCUGAUUCGUUUGAUGAAGAUCCAGAGAUUUCCCUAGCUGAUUAUUGGAAGUGUCCCGAAUGCAAUGAAAUGAAUCCUCCGCUUCCACGACAUUGCCACAGAUGCUGGGCCCUUCGUGAGGAUUGGCUUCCAGAUGAAAAGAGUGAGAAAUUGGAAAAGAGCAAAUUAGAAACCGCCUUUCCUGCAGAGUCUGGAGAAGGUUUUGAUGUUCCUGAUUGCAAGAAAACACAAAUGACUGAAGAUAAAGAACCAGCUGUGGAUGAGAAUGAGGAUAAAGCAGUACAGCUUUCUGAGUCCCAGGAAAGUGAAGGUUAUUCCCAGCCAUCAACAUCAAGCAGCAUGUUCUGUAGCAGUCAGGAGGACUUCAAGGAACUCGAGAAGAGAGAAAUGCAAGACAAAGAGGAAAGCAUGGAAUCCAGUCUGCCUGUUACCAGCAUAGAGCCGUGUGUCAUAUGUCAGAGCAGACCUAAAAAUGGCUGCAUAGUACACGGCAAAACCGGACACCUCAUGUCAUGUUUUACCUGUGCAAAAAAGCUCAAGAAGAGGAACAAACCCUGCCCAGUGUGUAGGCAGCCUAUACAAAUGAUUGUACUAACUUACUUUAGUUAGACACGUGUUGACUGGAAAGCUGCAAAAGAAAGCUGAUAAACUGGUUAAGAGAGUAAGAAAUUAUUUUUGUAUGCUUAUUGAAAAAUUAAUAUUUUGUGUCUCUUGGCAUUCUGUGUGAAAAGUAAUUGCUGACAUAGCUGCACUGGAGUUAUUAAGAGGUUUGCCUAAUACUCAUAAGUCAACUUGGAGAUUUUAAAUCCCUCUCAGUACAAAUAACCAGGUCCUCUAAACCACCUGCCUCUCCAAGUAUUUUAAUGUUCCAUGCAAGUUAGUGACAUUUGUUUUAUUGAAUUAAAUACAUUCAUUAAAAUCCCAGACUCAAUAAUUGUUGGAGGAGAGACAUGUUGAAGUGUUUAUUUCUGCAAGUUCCUCAUUUAAGAAAAUGCAUGAUUAUCCAAGUUCCAGUUUUGUUGCUUGGUGAAGACAUAAGGCUCAAUCAGACCCCUCUGAAUAAGUCAGUAAAUGAAUAAAUAGAAUCUUUUCUUAAAUUCUUUCAACUAACCAAAUUUUGUGGGAGAUCUUAGCAGGAAGUAGGGAAAUAUGUGGUAGAAAAUAAUACUUUGGAAACAGAAAAGGGUAUUGUGUGUCUUUUAUUUUUGUGGUGUGCAUUGUGAACUUAAGGGCUGUGUGUCCCUUGAGAAGUCAUUGAUCCAAGCUCAGUCAUACAGUUCCCUCUCAAAUGUCCCAAGAAAUUCACAUUUGUGGGUUUGGAGGUCUGUACUGAUUAGGAUUAUUAUUAAUUUAGCAACAUGAAACAAGUCUCAUGCAGACAAGAUAAAUGAAGUAUAUGCUAUGAACUGUCAUGUCAGGUAGUCCUAGGGGACAGUUGGUUUUCUGCACUUCUUUCUGACUUAGCAGAAUACAUUCAGCUGUAUUGCUACAUUCACUGUAAUAAAAAGAGAAAAAAAAAUCACCUUCAUCUGCAGAAACAAUUAAGCUGUGCAGUUCUAGUCCACAUUCUUUUAAGUGUGGUAGUCUUCCCAACUCACCGUUCUUAUCCGUAUCACAAAAAUUCUGAAAAUCUUCUGCAAGGUGUUUGGCCAAUUCAAAGUCGGUCCCGUUGGACCUGUCCUUUACUGCUUUUAGCUCUUGUCUCCUCACUGUACUUUGUCAAAGACGUUGUGAAACUUACCAGUUCUGUGCCCAGGGAGUCUGCUGCCUGCCUCAGUUCUGGGGCCCGUCAGGCAAGGUAGCGUGAGUGUGGGAACCGGGAUGUAAAGAUCACUCAGCUGCCUUUCACAUGGAGUUUCUGUACCCAGUGAGUGAUACGUACUGCUUUGGAUAACUGUUACAAGAGGACUUGUAUAUUUUUAGAACCUUUUAUUUUUGCACGUAGUUGCUUAUUGUCUGCCCAAUAAGGAAUGGCAGAUAAACAGUCAGGGGAGAGCCAAGAGUAGAUAUACAGUCCAAGUGCAGGAAUUCUGCUGUGUUACCAUCUUACAGCUUCCCUAACACCAGCAGUAUAAAAUUGCUAAUGCCUGUGUGCUGGCAUAGAGACUCCUACUGUUCUCCUUAACUGCAGAGCUGCAAAUCCCUGGAAGCGCCCAGGAAAAGGACAUAAAGACAUACAGGAGAGACUUAGUAAGUCUUUGGCUGUGAGUUGGUUGAAAAGUGGUAACUAUAGGUAAAGACUGAAUUAUUGGGAUCUUUCUGAUUUUGGUCAUACAUUUGAGCUAUUUCUUUGCCAGUAAAAGAUACUGGUGUACCCAAAGUUCUAACACAGUUAAUUUUAAGUAAACAAAAUAUAAACCACAGUUGUAUUCAUUCAAAUUCUUACUUGCAAGUUUCUUGCCUCCUGCACUUUGUAAAGGGACAUCAGAUAGCUGGAAAUUAUUGGACCUUUCCAUGGGUUUUAUAGGAUUUGAUAAUCCUUCAGCCUGAGGUAGAGAAGGCCUUUGGGCAGAUAGCCUUUUCAAGUAGGGAUACUAACAGGGCUACUUGCCUUACUUUGCACUUCCUUUUUUUGAUUUGAUAAACUUAGGUGCUGUGAGGCUUGCAGAGGCUCUUCAUUGCACCUGCAGGUGAGAGAGAACUGUAGAUCUGUAUAUGCAGAAGCAUCAAUAACAUGGGGACUGUACCUAGCAAGUUUCAUCUUCUUAUGAAGUUUUGUCCAUUGCAUUGUCUCCCAUGUCUUCCCCUCUCUCAGCAUGAUGCCUUCUCUGCAGUGGCUGCCCUGGCUGUGUAAUUACAGUGCUGGAGGAGCAGCUGUCCUUACCUAGUUCCUGUUGGGACAAAUUGUACCAUCCGCUCUAGCAUGCUUUUCCAGUCACAUGCCUUCUGUUGCAGAGAGUAGCCCUGGAAAUACCUUCCACUCGCUGGUGGGAGGAAAUGGGGCGGGCAUUUUAAUGUCUGCAGCUGCAAAUCACUGUGUCAAGUAUUUUGGUUUGAGUUAUAUUUUAUAGCUUAAUAUUAUUCUUAAUGACCUCUAGUGCAACUUUAGUUUGGUUGGUGUGGGUGCAUGCCUUCCAAAUGGAAGUGAUGGAUAUUGUUGCCUGUUCCUGCUGGGGACACUGGCAGGCAAGUGCAAGUGCAGGCCUGGUGCCCGGGGGCUGUGUCACAGUGACUCCACUCCUGGCUGUGGCCUGGAGCCUUUGGCUCUGCCUCCAUGUCUCCUGGCCUGGCCGUGCUCAAGUGUUUGGCACGAGCAGUGAACACCCUGCUUGUUCUGGCUCUUAAACACGUACCUGGCCUUGGGUAGUGGCACAAAAGUCAGUAAAGUUUUGGUACAAAACUUUAGAGAUCCUUAUUUAAUAUUGCACGCAUUUUAAUCUUUAAUUUAUUGCUGUUUGUAAAUAUCCUUGUGCUCACAGUUGAUGUUUUGAGCUCUAUUUAUUGAAUUAGUCUACUGCUACAUGUGUAGUUAUGUAGAUAUGCUUGUUUAGUAAAUCACAAGCACAAGAAAAAUAUUUUAAGAAAUGUAGCAUUAAAAUUGAGAUAAAUACUUCUGUUAUAUUCAGAUUGAGAAGGGCACAGGAAGAUAUAUGGCUAUGUUUAAAAAAACUUCUGCAUUGACCUAAACAAGAUUUAUUGAAUAGAGAUGGUGCUGAUCCAACAUCAGCUUAGUGAAAAUAUUUUGGUGGUGUUUUGCUUUCCUUUGGAAUGCUUUUGAAUCCCUCAGUACAGCCAGGGAGCUGACUGGGUUCUUCCAGGUGCUGGUAACAUUGGAGGUCAUGGUCUAGGAGAUGCAGGAUGGUGAUGAGAGGCUUUAAGGUUAAUUUGCAAAGGUGGUAAUAGCUCUUGCCUUUGGACACAUGACUGUGAAGGUUGCCGGGGAGGCCAGAUGCCUACAGAAUGUGACUGUAUGUGAUUUUCUGUAAUUUUCUUAGUCUCUUCCUUCUUGCACAUCAGGUAGACAAUAGUUAUGUACAAAUGGUGCAAGAACUUGCAUUUAUUCUUUUUUAGAAAGUACAUUAAACUUACUUAUUGUUUAAAUACAAGUCUUUAGCUGUUUACGUAUUUGUUAGUACAGACAUUAUAUUAGUAUUGAAAUUCACCCCACACCAGCAGGAUCGUGGGCUGUGCCGUCCUGUGCCUCUCCCCUUAGCAGAUGAUGUAGAAAGGGUAAAAGUGCUUCAAAAUGCUCACUGGUGAAAAGCUUACAUUCCUUCUAAGAGUGUGGUACGAUUUUUAUCACUGAGUUCGGUUUGCUGUACAUUUGUUCAAGUGUCACUGUCUCUGAAGUGUCUGUGGGUAUGAAGAUUUUUUCAGAUUUUUUUCUCUUUUAUGGCUAAUUUUAGGAAGAGAAAAUUCCUUGUUCUUACAGAGAGUGUUAACAAGAAUAAUUGUUUCAGAAAAUUGUAUCUUACAAAAGAGAGAUUAGAAAAUUAUUGAGACCCUAAUGAAACUGAAUAAACUGAAUAAAUAGGAUGGAAAUAGGGGUGAAGAUUUUUUUACUUCCCCAUCUUAAUCUAAGGCUGCUGUUCUGUUAAGGUAUAACUUUAGGUAGAGUCUAUAAUUUUGAAGCAAGUAAUUUAUUCAGCAUAUUAACUUACCACACAUAUGGUGGGGCAGGAGUUACCCCUUAUUCCAGGAUGGUACAGCAUUUUGUUGUGCAACAUUUGGCCUGAAAAGGGACAUUUGCUGUUGUGGGGCUUCCCUGUGGGGAGGAGCAUGUUGGACAGGGACAGGCAGCGUUGUCAUGGAGGGGCUGUAGGGCAGCCUUGGCCCUGCACACAGCAGAGCCUUGCUGGAGCAUCAGCCCUCUCCUUUUGCCCUGCCCUGCCUUCCCAGCUCCAUAGCGGAGUCCAAGGCACAUCUUGUUCUUUAAAGGUUGCACAAGCAAAGCACAAAACCCAGCUUAAGGUUUUAAUGAUGGAUUGCACUUACUGAACAUGAAAAACUCUUGCUUUUAACUAAAGUGUGGGAGUUUUGUUAGGGUUUUUUUUAGCACAGAUGCAGUGAAAGCUUCAAGUGAAUGCUUCUUUCGUGUAUCUAUAGUUAUAUUAUACAUGUGAAAUUUUUAAAUGAUACUUAAAAAGGUGGUGGCUCCCCUUUUGAGUAGAUGUUUUAGCUUAACAGACUGCUUUUAAAGAACAGUUCUUGGUCUUGAGCCACAGUAGUGGCUGUCAGGAUGAUGAUUAUUUAACACUUAAAUGGCUUUUCUAAAACCAGAAUCUCUGUUAUCUGACUACACAUAGCUGGGAUGACUGUUGAAGAGAGUAGUUCAUAGUGAAUUUAAAUAACUAUGCAACAUGCUUUCAGGAGCUUGACCUGGUGUAUUACUUUCCAGCUACCCAGUGCAUGUAUGACCACAGUCAGUAACCAUUAAAAUGCAAGUAUCCACUCCAAUUGCACACAGUAUAGACCCAUUUAUGAGAAGUUUCACGAGUGUUGCAUUUAUCUUUCAGUUUUCUGUUUUUCCUUUUCUGACAAAAAAUGAGUACUGUGUUCCAUUUAAAAGCUUUAAAUAAAGAUUUGUUUAUAUAUUC